AUGGAUGAUAAAGAGAAGGUUCUAUUACUUCAAAAGAUAUCAUCUUUAUCAUCAUUGAUAAAUAAUCAUAAACAACUACAGAAGCAACCACAACAACCAUCGCAACAACAACAACAACAACCUCAGCCCCCAAUACAAAGACAACCUAUUGUAUCAAUUGUACAACAAACAAGACCUACAUCAACAUCGACUACUGCUGGUGUAAUCAACAAACAUCCUCAUCAUCAUAAACAUAUACGUUACAAUGCACCAACAACAAAGCCUGCAGCGGCGGCAGCAGUAAAGAAGAAGUUUACCAACACAAGUUAUGUCAGAUCAACAUCUUCAACAACUUCAACAUCGAUAACAUCUACGACUUCAACAACAUCAACAACAUCUACAACAACAGAACCAAAGCAGACACCAUUGGUACUGAAGCAAACUACACCUCUUGUAAACAAUGGAGUCACACCAGUUGUCAAACAUACAACUAUUGCGCCAAAGACAUCAAUGUUCAAACGUACGACGACAUUUGGUCAAUCAUCAUUUCAACCAAGACGACCAGUUUGGAACAGCAGUAAUACAUUCGCAAUGCCUGCUUGGCGCCGCACAGGCUUCUACCAACCACCCGCAGCUUUGAAUUGGAAUGGUGCCAGAUGGGGAGCAAGGACCACCGCUCCAUUCCUGCGGCCUUUCACCUCACCAGCGAGACGAUUCCCAACGGCAAUAUCAUCGUCAUCAUCAAGAGUGUCGACCUCGCCACAACAACAAUAUGUACCCAAGGCUGUCAAGCUUGCCAAUGCGGCCGAGCUCCUAAAGAGCAAGAAUGGAACAGUCAUCGACGCAAUCUUUAUCAAACAAGGCAACAGUCUUAUACGCAAAGCACUCGACGCCAAGUACAUCACUGUCAACAACAAGCUCAUCCGACAACCGACCACCUCAACAACACCAACAACAUCAACUACAUCUACCACAUCGACAACAUCAACGAGACCGACUCCAAGGCUGGCACCACUGGCAAGACAAACAAGAGCAACGCCAAUCAAGAGGGCAUUGUUACCAAGGACUACAAAGAAGCUAGGGAUCAAGGACACACUUCAGAAACUUGGAAAGAAGAAGCAGCAGAAAGAACUCUGUCUAUUCUUCAAUCGAUUUGGCAAAUGUAACAAUGGCGACAAAUGUAAAUAUAUACACGAUAAGGACAAGGUGCGAGUCUGUCCGAGAUUCCUGUCGGACAAGUGCGAGGACGAGAGUUGUACGUUGCAACAUAAGAUUAGUGAUUUGGAACAGAUGCCGGUGUGCUACCAGUUCCUCAGAGGCGUGUGCACACAUGAGAACUGCCCUUACCUGCAUGUCUACGUGUCCAGGGAUGCCGAGGUGUGUCCAGACUUCCAAAAGGGCUACUGUCCCAAUGGUGCGUCAUGUCAACUGAGGCACACCUACAGCUACAAGAAGAAGAACAAUAACGACAACAACAAGAACUCUGACGACGAAGACAACAACAAUGAAUUGACGACAAGAUCAAGAGUGAAGGAGAGUCUGAAUCAUGCGAAUCCCAAUCAGACAUCAUCUGGAGUGGCCAACUACAACAACAACAACAGCAAUAUCAAAGGUGACGACGUCUUUGAUUUGGAGUAUGAUAUUUAA